AUGUCUUCCCAUGAAUCAGACUCAAACGAUACGGGCUUGGGAGCUUUGGAAGCCCGAGGAUAUACAUCACCACAAACAAACACAUUCCUGUCACCAACUAUUUAUACACAAAGUUCACCUUCAUUAUCCAGGGACAGUCUGAUUCCCUCACCUCGACGUCGCAGAUUAUGGCCGGAUCGGCCCGUGGUGGACUUCCUGAUUGGCAUGUUCCUUAAGGAGAUGAACCGAGUCCACGAGAUGAUCCACCCGCCAUCCUUUCAGAGCAACUAUAACGCGUGGUGGACCAAACAGGAGCAAAUCAACAUAUCAGGAGACACACUUAUGUCGGAUGAUGAUAUGAAUUUCGGAUUGCUGGUGAUCCGAAUCUGCCUCGUCAGCAUCCAAUGUCUUCCACAUUCGAAGUUCCCCACAGAAGGAAUAAUCAAGACAUCCCCAUAUAACAUUGAGCAAUGGCUCUAUUCCAUAGCCGACGAGAUUGAUAAGUCAUUACAGUCCAAGAAGCCCUCUCUGGUGACUGUUCAGCAUCGUUUCUACCACGUAUGCUACCUGAAGGCCCAUGCGAGGAUCCGAGAAUGCUGGUCCAUUCUCAGCGCGACUGUCAAGGAUGCACACGAGAUUGGACUGCAUCUGAAAGACCCAGGUGCUCCAUUCACAGAGCUUGAGAUGGAAAUUCGCAGACGAACCUUCUGGAACCUAUACAUAUGGGACCGGUUCAUGUCUUCCUUUUUCGGACACUGGCCGCUCAUUCCCGAAGGAUAUUUUGAUAUCGAACCACCACAUGAUAACCUCCAAGCUUUCACCAUCACCCCCUACGUCCUCACCCCAUUCACCGAUCGAGUAUUCGUCAUGAAAUUAGCCCGCUUCAUAACAGCAUUUAUGAGCCCACCAUCCUGGCAACAUGAUCGCGUCGACUCCAUUGUAAUCGCCGACUUCUCACAAAGAUUCCAACAAGUCAUCAUCGAUCAACUUCCCCAUGCAUUUUGGUUAGAAAAUCCGGACACCACAUGGGAUUCCGUUGACUCCGCCUUGCCCGGCAAGAGGGAGACGCUCCACCUCUGUAUCUGGGCUACGAAAGCCGGCCUUUACAAAGCCUUCGCCGACCCAUGCAGAAGUCUCCAGCAGCAGAAGAGCCCAGUCUUGAAGCAUGGAAGUGAUCUACUUGCGCUCGCUCAUCGCCGAACCUUGAUGGAAACAACUCGCAAAGUUAUCUCGUCGGUCGGUAGUUUAUACAUGCUCCUUGGCGAUGAAGAAGGAGGCACGACAGAGAAAUUAUUCUUCCUGCCCGUAUGCUUGGUUGAAGCACUCGCAAAUCUGGGUGUUUGUUUACUAUCAACCCAGGCGGAUGAGAGAAUUCUCACUGUAGAUGGUAUUCAGUUCGUUACGGACCCUGAUCUAGCACGUAACUACUUGGCGUUCUUUGAAGGAUAUGGUCUGCUUUGUCGACAGAGUUCUCGACAGGCGAUCGCAAGGAAGAGCGUGAAUGUGCUUAAAGUUCUUCAUGAUGCGUUGCGAGCUUCGUUCCGCGCCGGUGAAAUACUGGAUGCCCACGGCGGAGGGACGCUGAGCUCGGGGUCUCUUGUGGCGGGGCAGUAUGGAGCUGGUCAAUUUCAGCUGGAACAUGCAUUGGUUUCACUGCAUAGUCAUGGGGGAGAGGCUAGCCAAGGAGUUCGAGGAGAUUCUUUCUUUCCACUGCCUGACUGGUUGCCGUCAUUUAUGGCAUCACCAGGCCGAUCGUGGCUGUUUCAUGAUAAUGCGGCGUUUGGGGAUUUGAUGGCAUAG